CCCAUUAAUGAUCGUUAUUCCUAUGGAAAUGGCGUUUCUAAUACGUUUGCCGCUGCCACUGACGUAUACGCAUUUUUACAAAUCUUUUUCCAAGAGUUCCCUAAAUUCGCCCAUUUAGAUUUCCAUAUUGCUGGUGAAUCGUAUGCUGGACAUUAUAUACCCGCCAUAGCAGCAGAAAUAAAUAAUAAUAAUAAAGGAACUUCAUCUUGGAUUCUUGCUAAUCAACCAAAGGAUCUUAAAAAUAUUAAUCUUGAAUCUAUCUUAAUCGGAAAUGGAUUAGUAGAUCCUUUAGUUCAAUAUAAAUAUUACGCAGAUAUGGGUUGUAAAUCAUCUUAUGGACCAGUAUUAGAAGAAUCUACAUGUCAACGAAUGAGAGAUGCUUAUCCUCAAUGUGCAUCUAUGAUUCAAAGAUGUUAUGAUUCAUCAAACGCACUUUCAUGUUUACCAGCAUCUAUGUAUUGUAAUCGAGAAAUGAUUCAACCUUAUCAACAAACUGGUAAAAAUGUUUAUGAUGUAAGAAAAGAUUGUGAAGGAGGUAAUUUGUGUUAUCCAAUCUUGCAAGCCAUUGAGAAAUAUUCUAAUAGGGACGAUGUUAAAC